UUUCCAGGAAAAGUCCUACUCACAAGUACAAUAAAAAUUCUAAUAUAUAUAGGAAACAACCUAGCAAAUGAAAUUAACAUUCACUUCAUAGCUAACACCUAACAAAAGUUUAGCUAAGUGAAGUGUUCAAAGAGAGAAGAUUUGAAGAACAUGGAGAUUAAGGAAGUUGGCAACUAUGGAGCACUACCCCUUCUCUCAUUGAAUCAUGUGUCUGUAUUGUGCAGAUCAGUGUUGGAUUCUAUGAGGUUUUAUGAGGAAAUAUUGGGUUUUGUUCUCAUCAAACGCCCUUCCUCUUUCAAAUUCAAUGGAGCUUGGUUGUAUAAUUAUGGUUUUGGAAUACACCUGCUCGAGAAUCCAAACUAUGAUGAAUUUGAUGCCCCUAUGAUUGAAUCACGACCCAUUAAUCCCAAAGACAACCAUAUAUCAUUCCAAUGUACAGAUGUUGGACUUGUGAUAAGCAGGUUGGAAGAUAUGGGGAUGAAGUAUGUUACAGCUUUGGUAGAGGAUGAAGGAAUCAAAGUGGAGCAGGUGUUUUUCCAUGACCCUGAUGGAUACAUGAUAGAACUUUGCAACUGUGAGAAUAUCCCAAUAGUGCCAAUUUCUUCUGCCUCGUGCUCUUUCAAGGCAAGAGGCCAGAGCUUUAAGAAGACUGUUUCUAACAAGUGUGGAUUCAUGGAAAAUGUUAUGAUGAGAAGCUUGAGCAUGGACAUGAUGAACUUUGCGUUUUAACUUGUCCAUGAUGUUGAAACGAUGUGGAGAAAAUAACUUACUUGUUUCGUUUGUAAUAAAAUCAGGAAGUGCUUUUCCUCAAAACAGGGGAAAGGUGCAGAGCAUUGUUGUUAAUCUAUGUAUUUAUGUAUGUAUGUAUUUGAACCUAUCCAAAACUAUGAUGUAUACGGGGUGGUUGAAGAAAAUAUCAGCCUAUCAGAAUUGCAUUUGUAUUGUUUAAUAACAAGGUAGAUCUAACUACCAAAAACUUUAUGAA